UAUCUUUUAAUCCAUCUUCAUAGUAUUGACACGCCUUCGCUAUCUAGCAGUACCUAUAUUUGUAUUUCAGACACACCAUACACCUACAGCUGCCACUUUAUUACUAUCCCUUUCUAUUGGACAUGCCAGUUGACUCACGCACGCUUGGAGUUACAAGGUACCAGGUCUUCUGUACCAUCCUGGCCGCCAUCGGUAGUUUCAACUUUGGUUGGAACAUCGGUUCCGUGAAUAUCCCCGGCGAUGUCUUGCAAAACUGUGUUACUGGCCGCAAGUACUACGGCCGCUUCCCGUCUUGCAUCUAUGUCAAGUCCGGAACUGUUUGGGGUCUAGUUGUUGGUUGCUUUGCCAUUGGUGCCAUCAUCGGUGCUGUCGUCUCCAACCCUAUUAUUAACCGCAAGGGAUACAAGUUUGUCCUGUGCUGGUUCGCUCUGCUCAACGUUGUUGGUGCCCUGUUGCUGUUGCUGACCACCAAGAUCCCGCAGUUCAUCAUCGGCCGUCUUGUUGUCGGUGUUGCCGCUGGUGCCGCCAACAACGCCAUGGCGACCUACGUCUCAGAUAUGGCUACACCGCGUAGCCGUAACAUCCUGAGCGGUGCCCUGCAAUUUGCUUGUAACUUUGGUAUCAUGAUUGACAACGCAUGUGCCCUGGGCCUCGCUCCUCCCCCUCGCUGGCGCAUCUUGUUCGCCAUCACCGGCGUCUUUGGCCUGAUCAACUUUGCGCUGUUCCCGUUCGCUCCCGAGUCGCCCAAAUGGCUGGUCAAGAAUGGCCGCAUUGACGAGGCGCGCGAGGCACUGCAAAAGUUCCGUGCUGGUGCUGACAUCGAAGAAGAGAUGAGCGACAUUAUCCAGACUGACAGGGAGAACCGUGAGCGCACCGCCGAUGUCAAUGUCAUGCAGGUCCUGCGCGGCCAGACCCCCGACAACCUCCGCCACCAGCUGCUCUGUGUAUCGGCACUCAUGUUCUUCCAACAGCUGUGCGGUAUCAAUGCUGUCAUUUUCUACUCGUCGCAGAUCAUCAACAAGUCGACGCAUGAUAACCCCGCCAACAUCCCCACUCUGGCCCAGAUCCUGUCGUUCAUUAUCUCGGUGUGCGCUCUAAUUUUCACUUUCUUCGGAAUGAUCCUUGGUGCCUACUUUGGCCGCCGCACCCUGCUCAUGUUUUCCCAUGGCACAAUGGGCAUCUUCUCCGCUAUCAUGGUCGCCGGCUCAGUCAGGGACAUUACCGGACUGGUGGUGACCAUGGUGUUCCUGUUCAACGCCUUCUUCAACCUCGGCGUCGGAACCAUCCCGUGGGCUGCAGCCUCAGAAAUGACUCCUGGAUAUGCGAUGACCGCCAUGUCUGCCAUUGGUACUGGUAUCGGCUACCUGUUCACCUUUGUCAUUGGCGUCAUUUUCCCGCCCAUGCAGGCUGCUUGGGACAACUGGACCUUCUUCUUCUUCAUGGCGUGGAACAUUGCUGCUGUCUGCUUUGUUUUCCUGUUCGUCCCGGAGACCAAGGAUCGCCGUAUUGAGGACACGGUCCGUGUUCACUCGGUUGGUAUCCACAUUGUCGUUGGCAAAAAGUGGCAGGUUAGCGCUGCGAGUGAGAAAGAUGAGAUGGUUCGUGCCGAGGCUGCCGACACAGGGGAAUCUCAUGUCGCUGCUGGUGUUGAGGCCUGAUUAGGCCCACUCAAUAAUCAUUUCGGCGCCAUUAGCCCUCACUCAAAAUACAGUUAAUAGAAUGGACUAUAUACGAG